UUUUUUUUCUCUCUCUACUCUCUUUCUCUCUCUAGAGGAAAAAUAACCAAAAAAAUAAAAAAACAAAAUAAAGAAACAAAAUCAAAUCCUUUCCUUUUUAGGUUAUUAUUAUUAGAUUACAAGCCCUAAACUUCUUUAUAUUCUUUGGUUUGAUUUUGUUUUGUUUGUUUUGUUUUUGCUGUGUUUGGUUUUGGUUUUAUUUUGUUUCUUUUUCUUUUGAGAGGAGAAGUGAUAUGGCGGCAGCAGCAGCAGCAGUUACUACAACAGAGAUACCAGUGGAUACUGUGACGGUGGCUGCUAAUGGUGGUGGUGGUGGUGGUAGUGGUGGUGGUAGUGGUGGUGGUAAUGGUAGUGGUGAGGGUGGACAGUUUGCCAAUUUAUCAUUAUAUGUAGGGGAUCUGGAACAGAAUGUGAAUGAAGAACAAUUAUAUGAUCUCUUUAGCCAAAUAGCACAAGUUGUUUCUGUUAGGGUUUGCAGAGAUCAAACGAAACGAUCUUCUCUUGGUUACGGUUACGUGAAUUUCAGUAAUCCUCAAGAUGCUGCAAAUGCUAUGAAGGCUCUGAAUUUCACUCCCUUGAAUGGGAAACCUAUCAGGAUUAUGUUUUCUCAUCGAGAUCCUAGUAUUAGAAAAAGUGGCUAUGGCAAUGUUUUUAUUAAGAACUUGGACUCAACUCUUGAUAACAAGUUGUUGCAUGAGACAUUUGCUGCCUUUGGGACAGUCCUUUCUUGCAAGGUAGCUGUUGAUAGCAAUGGCCAAUCUAAGGGUUAUGGUUUUGUACAGUUUGAAAAUGAGGAAUCUGCAGAAAGAGCUAUCAGUUUCUUGGAUGGCAUGUGUUUAAAUGAUAAACAAGUUUAUGUUGGAUUUUUUGUACGACAACAGGAGAGAACUCGGACAAAUGGUUCCCCAAAGUUUACUAAUGUUUAUGUUAAGAACUUGUCUGAGACAAUAACCAAUGAGGAUCUUGAGAAAGUUUUUGGUGUUUACGGGACCAUAACUAGUGCACUUGUUAUGAAGGAUCAAACUGGCAAGUCUAGAGGAUUUGGAUUUGUGAACUUUCAGGACCCAGAUUCUGCUGCUGCCGCUGUUGAGAAACUGAAUGGGACCACAGCCCAUGAUGACAAAGCUUGGUAUGUUGGUAGGGCCCAAAGGAAAUCAGAACGGGAGGCAGAGUUGAAAGCCAAGUUCGAACAGGAAAGAAACAGUAGAUAUGAAAGGUUAAAGGCUGCAAAUUUAUAUCUGAAAAAUCUUGAUGACAACAUUAAUGAUGUGAAACUGAAGGAAUUGUUUUCUGAAUUUGGGUCAAUAACAUCAUGCAAGGUCAUGCUUGAUCACCAAGGUGUGAGUAAGGGCUCUGGUUUUGUUGCUUUCUCUACCCCUGAGGAAGCUUCAAGAGCUCUGAAGGAAAUGAAUGGAAAGAUGAUUGGGAGGAAACCUCUUUAUGUUGCUAUUGCCCAACGCAAAGAAGAAAGAAAGGCUCGACUACAGGCCCAUUUUGCCCUAGUUCGAGCGCCUGGUGCACUGGCUCCUUUGCCUUCCGGUAUUCCUGGCUAUAAUGCAGGGGCACCAAGGCUUGCACCACAGCAACUUUACUUUGGUCAAGGGACACCUGGUAUGAUGCCCCCUCAGCAUGCAGGGUAUGGCUUCCAGCAGCAAAUCUUGACCAGUAUGCGCCCCGCUGUUGGCCCAAACUUUAUCUUUCCAUAUCACCUUCAAAGACAGGGUCAACCUGGGCAACGGAUGGGGAUGCGGCGUGGGGGGAACCCUCAACAGAUGCAGCAGCAGCAGCAGCUACUUCACCGUAACAACAAUCAAGGAUUAAGAUACGUUGGCAAUGCAAGAAACAGCGGGAAUUCGUCUGUUGUUCCACAAGGUCUAGCAGGUCCCAUGGUUCCAUUGCCCUUUGAGGUUUCAGGAGCUUCAGUAGAUGUUCAGCCACCAGUUACCAUCUCAACCCUUGCAUCUGCAUUGGCUUCUGCUACCCCAGAGAAACGGACUGAGAUGCUGGGUGAUCACCUUUAUCCGCUUGUGGAGAGGCUUCAGCCAGAUCACGUGGCAAAGGUGACUGGGAUGCUAUUAGAGAUGGAUCAAACAGAGGUACUACAUCUCAUUGAGUCUCCUGAUUCUCUGAAAAAGAAGGUGGCUGAAGCAAUGCAAGUUCUUCGAGAAGCUACUGCUAAUGUUGGCGACCAGCUUGGCUCAUUGGUGCUGAAUGAAUGAAGUGCACCUUACUUUCGUGGUUGGUAUUAUUUGGGCCCAUCUAUUACAGGGCCUGAUGAGCAUUGAUUUGGGGCUAUUCUCCUAAACUAAUUUUCUAGAAUCAAUUUUGUCGGCUAUUUUAGUUUUUUGAUCUAGAACAGUGGGUUUAAAAGAUUGGAGACUUUUAGAAUUCUUUUAUUUGGUUCUUUAGAUUUUUCUGUUCCUAUUUGACAUUGUCAUAGUUUUGGUUAUCUUUGGAAUUUUUCUGGUUAUUGCUCUAUACACAUCCGACAUUAUAUUUACUCA